UAAUGAUCUGGGCGAGACUGACAACAACCGCCGACACUUUCUUCCGGCUUCAGUGCUGUUUGCUCCCGUCUCUCCUGCAGCUCCAUCCUCGUCAUGGCGUCUCCAACUCCCGCUGUGGUCUCCGCUCAGUGGCUGGCAGAAGCCGUCAAGAAUAAGCUCGUCGGUCCAAAGCUGCGUAUUCUGGACGGGUCCUGGUACCUGCCGAAAAGCAAGCGCGACACCAGAGAGGAGUUCAGUCAGAAACACAUCCCGGGAGCGUCGUUUUUCGACAUCGACGCAUGCAGCGAUACGAGCUCCCCGUAUGACCACAUGCUGCCGACGUCCGGCUUCUUCUCCCGGUACGUGGGAGAGCUCGGCAUCGGGAACGACACCCACGUCGUGGUCUACGACACCAGCGACCGGGGCUCGUUCAGCGCGCCCAGAGUGUGGUGGAUGUUCCGGGUGUUCGGGCUCGGCUCGGUGUCGGUGCUGGACGGAGGCUUGAAGAACUGGCUGGCUGAGGGUCACCCGGUGACCUCCGACUACAGCGAGCCGGAGCGGAGAGACUUCCAGGCGAGCCUGAAUCAGUCCUGGGUGAAGAGCUUCGAGGAUGUGCUGGAGAACAUCAAGACCAAGCAGGUCCAGGUGGUGGACGCCAGGUCUGCUGGCAGGUUCCGGGGAACCGACCCAGAACCCAGAGAAGAUAUAAAGUCUGGGCAUUUCCCCGGAGCAAUCAACAUGCCCUACACGUCUUUCCUGGAUUCUUCCGGAAAGCAUCACGGCACCGAAGCCCUGACCGAGCUCUUCAAGAAUGCUGGAGUGGACCUGGAAAAGCCCAUCUGGGCGUCCUGCGGUUCCGGAGUCACGGCGUGCCACGUCGCUCUGGCUGCCGACAGGCUGGGGCUCUCUGAUCUCUGUCUCUAUGAUGGGGCCUGGGUUGAGUGGUUCAAAAGGGCGCCUUCAGAGCUCAUCGUUUCUGAGGGGACGGGAGAGAAGGCAUAAGCAAUUUUAAGAUAAAGUGGAAGCAGGGUUAGGUUUUUGUGUGUACUAUCUCUUCUGUUUUUAUUUUAAUGUAGUUUCAAGGCACAGCGAUAGUAUCACAUCAUUUGAGGAAUGCUUACAUAUAUUGAUGCGUUAUUUACUUUCUGAAGUGGUUUACAAAUGUCGUGUUUUUACGCAGAAGAUUGAAACAUUGUAAACUGUAUACACAUGAAAAUAAAGAAAUUAUAUAGAAAAUGUAAAACACAAUAGAAAUGAAUGCCUCUGUGCCUGCUAUUUCUAUUGAUUUAUUUGUAAAGUGUAGAGUAUUUAACUAAUUUGAAACCUAAAUCCUCAUUAAAUAUAAAAAGAAUAAAGUUCUUGCCUUAGUGAAGGAGUCUUGUCACUUUUCCUGAUGUGCCGGUUAUUUCUAAAAGCUGAAAAUCUUGGUCAACUGGGUUGUAUCCAAAGAAGCGUUUCUAAAAAAAUAAAAGGAAGACAGCU